UUUGCAGUUUGCUCUUAGAUGAAAAGAUCAAGUUGAACCAGUAAUCAAUGUUGACCCCGCAGAUAACCCCUCCCAACAGUUUGUCCUCCCAAACCCCUCCCGGUCACCCCCAGUUUGUAGAGGUUAAUCCAAAGUACAUAUGUAUCCUGUGUAACAACGUACUUCAUGAUGCGGUACAAACCCCUUGUGGACACCAACUCUGUCAGUCCUGCGCUGACAAUUACCUCCAGGCGGGGGGCAUCAGACAGUGUCCUUACCAGGAGGAAAUGUGUGAAAUGCUGCAGAAAGAGGGGAUAAUACCAGAUACCAGUGCUCGUAGAGAGAUUCGGCAGCUGAAGGUUUACUGUCCAAAUCAAGUCAGGGGAUGCCAAAAAAUUGUCAAGUGGAAAGAACUAGAGAAGCACACAGAAGAAUGUCCACAUGAACCUUUGUCCUGUCCGUACAAGGAUUGGGGAUGUCAGGAGAUAGUGGACAGAUCGAGUCUGACUGACCAUCAGCGAGACUGUCCAUUCAUCCCCACUCAGUGUCAGUACUGUGGACAAACCAUUCCACAGGAAUCAUUACAAGCACAUGAGAAAGAAAACUGUAUGAAAAUUCCCAUUAACUGUGAAUAUGGUUGUAAUACUGCCCCAAUUCCAAGAGAUCAGAUAUCACAGCAUCAGGACACCUGUCCAAGGAAGCCCCGGAUCUGUAAAUAUGCUUCUGCAGGCUGCACAUUUCAGGGGCUAGCUGAGGAGGUGGAAGGUGGAAUGAGAGACAUGUUAUAUACAGAAGUACAUCUCCAACAAGUCACAUUACAAAUGGCUAAGAUAGACCUACACAGUAUAGACAUCAGGAGAGAGGUCCAGGAAAUGGAAAGCAUACGCCAGGAGGCGCGACAACAAGUGAGUGAAGCGAGAAAAGAGAUAGAGGAAGUCCGUCGCCUGGCUGAUGAUAUCAAGAGACUCAGUCGUAAAUUCAAGAUUGAUGUAGUGGAAUUGACGGAGCGGAUUAUUCACGCAGAGAAGCAGGUGGAAGAACUAGCCCAGCCAGAGAGUUACAAGAGGACCAUCAGUGACGUUAACAUCCUGAGGGAGAACAUCCGACGAUUGAAGGACCGAGCCAACGAGCUCAGGACGAUCCAUACGUCAGAACAAGGGGGAGCUACUGCAACUGCCACUCCUGCUUCAUCAGAUCUGUACACAGACAUUCAACAACAAGUACGGUCACUAGGACUACAGGAUGCCAGACUGGCUGAACUGGAUCUCCGAUUCCAGAUCUUAGAGACCAUAAAUUAUGAAGGUGUAUUAUUCUGGAAAAUUACAAACUACCGUCGGCGAAAACAAGAAGCUGUGUCAGGAAAGACUCUGUCUAUUUACAGUUCACCAUUUUUUACGAAUCGUUAUGGAUACAAAAUGUGUGCUCGAAUUUAUCUUAAUGGUGAUGGAAUGGGCAAAGGAACACAUUUAUCCAUUUUUUUCGUUGUCAUGCAGGGGGAGUAUGAUGCUCUGUUGCCGUGGCCAUUCCGGCAGAAAGUGACGUUUCUGAUUAUUGACCAGAGUGGGACUAGGAGACAUUUAUCGGAUUCAUUUAAACCUGAUCCCAGUAGUUCUAGUUUUAAACGACCACUAGCAGAAAUGAACAUAGCUUCCGGCUGUCCUUUGUUUGUCAGCCAUUCUAUCUUAGAAAAUUCUGGAAAUUACAUAAGAGAGGAUACACUGUUUGUUAAAGUUAUAGUCGAUACUAAUGGACUUGUACCUAUUUAAAUUAUUUUUAUAAACAAUUGAAAA